CAAAGCCUUUAUUGUUCUGACUAACAGAAAACCCACUCAGAAUCGGCUGAAGGGGGCAAUUAGCCUUUUAGCCAAAAACUUGAUUUUAUUCGCCUAGAACUAGAAAGUUGAUUUUGGGGUAAACUGUCUUGUGUGUCAAAGUUCAGGGGCCAAAUUACCCCCUUAGCCUAGAACCCGUACUUAGCUGAGACACAUAUUUCCUCAUUCAGUCGUGAAUUGCAGAGAAGAGACAGUAAAUUGGAAUGAACUGCAUAUCACGAGUGUCAUCAUACACAGCGGCUAUAUUUGGAAGGGGAAAAGGCAUUUUAUUUUCGAGGAGCGUUUCGCAUCAAUGUUAUUGUUAUUCUACUUCUACUUGUACUCCUUUGCGCAAUAGAAGCUUUGAGCGUCCUGUUAGUUUUGAUUCAGUCAAAUUCAAUUUACAAUUUGUUUUUAGGUUUCGUGCUCAGUGUUACUCGACCAAAAAAGGAAGUGCGAAAGUUUCUCGUGAGAGGAAAUUGGAUCCUACUGAGUCGGCAACAGCACCUAUGGAGCAAGAAAAAGAUGCUUUCUUUGUUGUGAGGAAAGGUGACGUUGUUGGUGUUUAUAAGAGUUUCACUGAUUGUCAAGCUCAAAUUGGUUCGUCGGUAUGUGAUCCUCCUGUCAGUGUAUACAAAGGGUACUCUUUAUCUAAGGACACUGAGGAAUAUCUUGUAUCACGUGGACUCCAGAAUGCUUUGUACGCUAUCAGAGCUCAAGAUUUGAAAGAGGACCUUUUUGGCACACUUGUCCCUUGUCCUUUUCAGCAACCUGAUUCUUCCAAAGGAGAAACAUCUGCGCUGGUUGCAACAAAAAAGAGAUCACAGGAAUUUCUAGGAUUGCAGAUUGUGGAAACUGAUGGAUCAGCUUCUGGUUUAACUGAUCCUCUAAGAAAGCAUGCCAAGUUGGAUAAUCAAACUGAGGCUCAGGCAUUGUACUACGAUGACGACUCCUGUAUUCUCGAGUUUGAUGGUGCUUCAAAAGGAAAUCCUGGACCAGCUGGGGCAGGAGCUCUGUUGCGGACUACAGAUGGACGUAUAAUUUGCAGACUACGAGAAGGAUUGGGCCAAGUAACAAACAAUGUGGCCGAAUAUAGAGCCAUGAUUUUAGGAAUGAAAUAUGCUCUUAAAAAGGGUUAUACAAAAAUUCGUGUCCAAGGUGACUCCAAACUUGUCUGCUCUCAGGUUCAGGGUUUAUGGAAGGUCAAACACAAAGACAUGACUAAUCUGUAUGAGCAGGCCAAACAACUGAAGGACAAGUUUGCUUCUUUUCAGAUCAGUCAUGUUCUAAGGGCACUUAAUUCCGAGGCUGAUGCUCAAGCGAACUUGGCCAUCCAGCUUGCUGAUGGCCAAGUUCAAGAAGAGUGUCUUUACAAUGAUUGAGACUGCAUGAUGUUGAAAUCAUGAUUAUUGGGACAAAAAGUUCGCCCAGGUGACUUAAUGUUUUUCAAAGUAGAACUCUGAAGCAGGUGAUGUUGCAAAUUGGAGCUUAUCUGACAGACUUAUUUUCCCUCUUAAUUUGUCCGUGCUUGAGAUCCUGUCAACAGCAGGCAUACACCAAAGCGGCUUAAAGACAUCAAACUGAAAGACUACUCGGCUCGAUUCCCUUUUUUAUCCUGAAAUAGGCAUAAAUCUAAUAACCUCCCACAAUUAGAUUAUUUAUUCAUUCCCUGUUAUCUUAUUCAAACUUGAAAAUGUACUCCAUAAGCCACUAAUGAAACAGGUGAAAACAAAGGGUUGGGUUA